ACGGUACACACGUCUCGCUAAAGUCGUGUUAAAUAAAUCGCGAAAUAUUAAAGUGAUACAAUUUUGUGAAAGUGACUAUUAAACUUGUGAUGUCAGUUACGUCGCGUUACAUUAUUAGACUUUUAUUUUUAACACUAAUAUUUUACACGCUCAAUAGUGUGCUCAAAGAAAUUAAACGAUAUUUGAUGGGAUCUCAAUAGGAUAAAUUGGAUUCAGUUGAAACUCUGCAAUUAUUGUAAAAAUGGCGGACGUGGUUAACAUCACCAAUGAAAUUAGUAAGCAGAUAGAACCUAGCGAACUUUCUAAAUUUUCACCUGGUCUUCUGACAUUCGCCGCCAUCGUUACGGGGUUUAUCAUGGUGAUAGGACUGUUCGGAAACCUCCUCACAGUGGUCGCUUUACUGAAAUGUCCUAAAGUGCGGAAUGUGGCUGCUGCAUUUAUUAUUAGCUUAUGCAUAGCGGACUUUCUCUUCUGCGCCAUGGUGCUCCCGUUCGCCAUAUCGGGUUUCUGGACUCGAACGUGGUCCCACGGGGGAGCGCUGUGCAAGCUGGUGCCGUUUCUUCGGUACGGGAAUGUGGGUGUUUCCCUCCUGAGUAUUGCCCUCAUAACCUUGAACAGAUACAUCAUGAUAGCCCAUCACAGCUGGUACGGGCGUGUAUACCACAAGUACAACAUAGCUCUCAUGAUCGUGUUCUCGUGGAUGUUCUCGUACGGAAUGCAGAUACCUACUCUUGUUGGAGUUUGGGGUAAAUUCGACUACGACCCAGAACUGGGCACGUGCUCUAUCAUGCCAGACGAUAACAAUCGCACUUCGAAGACUGCGCUAUUCGUGAUAGCUUUCAUCGUGCCAGCACUUCUUAUAUUUAUCUGCUAUGCUAGGAUCUUCUGGGUUGUCCACAGCUCAGAACAGCGGAUGCGUGAACACCAAAGAUCCCAACACGCAAGUCCUGGCUCCUUGAACCACGGGACAGACAAGAGGUCCACGAUUAAAGACAACCGGGAGACGAAGGCAAGACGAAACGAAUGGAGGAUCACGAAGAUGGUGCUGGCCAUCUUCUUGUCGUUCUUGGUGUGCUACUUGCCCAUCACGAUCGCUAAGGUCGCAGAUAGCCAUGUACAUUAUCCCAUAUUCCACAUCGCGGGCUACCUGCUCCUAUACGCGAGUGCAUGCGUCAACCCGAUCAUCUACGUAAUAAUGAACGCGCAGUACCGAGCUGCGUACGCGGCGGCCCUGUGCUGUCCGCUUUCAAGACUGUCAGGUCUUACCAGCGAAAUGGAACGAGCGUCACGGGUACAGUUACAGCAACACACGAACGGCGCUCAGCCAAGUAUCACUGGGGGAGUCGAGAGCAGACCCUCGGGCCUCCCUCCCCCCCACCGGCCUCGGAAGGUAGAAGCCCACAUACUGAAGAAAAUGGGGCCCACCGACCCUAAAACCAUGUCUUUGAAGACAUCCAACCCUAUAAAUGAAUCUCAAAGAAAUAUGGGACCAAAAUCUAUAUCACUGCAGCACAUCACUUCUUCAGGAUCAACUCAGUCUACUCCAAAAAGUGGAUUCAGAUCAGGGUCGACACACAGUGUCGGAAAAGUCACCAGAUUUCAAUUAGAUAUAGUAGAGAAGGAAAACAGAAAGACUAAAAUGUAGCGGCUUGUCGCUCGUUAGUAAGACUAGCAUUUUAAAAGUAAUAAGAAGACUAUUUUAUACCAAAAAGUAUUUUAUAUGAAAAGCUAAAAGCUUGAGUAGAUACUAUAAGAUAUUUUUUAUAUGAGCUGAGUCAUAUUAAUGUAAUAUGAUAAUCAAAUACAUAAUGCAAUUAAGUAUUGUCUUCAUAAUUGCCCAAAGAGAUUCCAAAACACUUAAUUAUUUUCUUAUAAUACCUUUAGCCUGUGAAUACCUAAUAACCAGAAAUGACGUAGGUGUAUUGUAAAAAUAUAAAGAAAAAUAGAUCUUAUUAGUAGCCAUUGUUGACUCUGUCGAAAAAAUGUCUUUCUUUACAUAAUAUUCCAUGACUUUUUGCAUGUAAUAUGCAAAACCUACCUAAAAAAAAUGACGAUACAUCUGUAAAAUAUACUUACUUACGGUGGGCUUAAGAGAUAGCUGUGCCACCUCGCCUUGAAUUAUGUAUGGAAGAUGGCCCAGGUAUCUCCUGAGCCAUGUGUACCAAGGCUAUUUAUUAAGUGUCAAAUUUAAUAUAGGUAAGAAAAUUUUAUUGACUCAGUUUGCUUUAAAAAUCCCAAUGCACUUCUACUUACUUCCAUGAAAUUUUACAUUUAAGUUAGUUAUUGAACAGUCCGUCCUAGUAACGAGCGAUAAGUGCGCAGAUAAUUGUAAAUAUGUAGCUAUUAAAUUUAUUUAAAACAGGUGCCUUUAUUGUCAUAUUUUAGUAUUAGAUCUAAAGGUUGUAAAAAAUAUAUAAUAAUACCUAAGAGAAAUAUAAUAUUCAAAGAAAACUGCCUGUAAAUUUUAAUAUACAUAUUUGUAAAUGUACCGGCCUUUGUUUUGGCAAGUACCUGCAUUUGAUAUAUAUUAUCUAUUUAAAGAAUCGGUUUAAAGUUUUUAAACAUGCCUACUCAUAAUAUACAUUCCGGUUGUAUUUAUAAUUAGGUAAGUGUAGCUAAAGCAAAAACUAAUCGUGUAUGAAAAUAAGCAAGCAAUUUUUUCAAAUUAUGUUUAUGUAAGUAGGUACCACUUUUCUUCCAACUUACAAGGCUUUUCAAUUUACUAUUGUAAACAUUCCAUAAUUUUUAACAGAAGAAGGUUGAAACCGAAGAUAGAUUCGAGCAAUUCAAGCGCAAGAUGCACACUUGUUUCUACUCUUUUCAUUAGUGCUUUAAUUUUAUAUCCUGUCUCAUAGGUAUACUGGCCUCAAAAGGUAUCUUAAGUGUGGUAGGCACAAACCUACCCAGGUACAUAUCACCGAAAAAUCACCUAUCUUUAUGAAAAAUAAUCGUGUCAAGUGUAAUUUUGCCCUUUUCCUAACUUUCCUCGGCCGACAUUAUUGGUAGAUUUUAAUGAUGAAGUUUAAUAAGCAUAUCAAUGAAAUAGUUGUAAAAAGUGUCUAGAUAUUAAACUCUAUUCCGCCAUACAAUUUGAAGAUAGAAAAGCACCCCUUCGAUAUAUCUGCAAUACGAAGGUUGUAUAAUUUUCUACGUGGCCUCGUUGGUACGCGCGAAUCUAUUUUUGUGAGUAUGAUAAUUUUUAAAGGCCAGUAUGAGUGUUUUAUUAGGCAUUGCUAUAUAAGUCUGUGUACUCUCUCUCGAAUUUUAAGAAGCAGUAUUUUAUUUUACUAAGUAAAAUAAAAUAAAAUUUCGAAUCAUCAAAUGCCAUAAUAAAUUUAAGACUAUAAAAAUUUAUUUUAUAACAAUUAGAUAAUAUAAUAAUAAAAAAUGUUUUAAGUGUG